AUGGCGUCCUCCCUCUCCGCCGCCGUCGCCGCCGUCGCCGCCGCCACUCGACCCAUCAAAUCUCGCGCCGGAAUCAAGACGGUCCUCUCUCUCGCUCCCCGAUUCCAGUCCCUUCGCCGCCUCUCCCUCUUCGCCCGCCCCCAACCUCUCCGUCCAAACCCCUCUCUCUCGAUCCGCUGCUUCUCAGCGCUCAGCCCGCAAUUGAAGUCGACGUUGGACACGGUGGUGAAUUCUCACAAGGUUCUGCUGUUUAUGAAGGGGACCAAGGAUUUUCCACAGUGUGGGUUCUCAAAUACAGUGGUUCAGAUACUGAAGUCACUGAAUGUUCCAUUUGAGACGAUGAAUAUUCUUGAGAACGAGACGCUGCGACAGGGGCUCAAAGAAUAUUCGAGCUGGCCUACAUUCCCUCAGCUUUAUAUUGAUGGGGAGUUCUUCGGGGGAUGCGAUAUCACCGUUGAAGCAUACAAGAACGGGCAACUGCAGGAACUGAUAGAGAAAGCGAUGUGUUCUUGAUAAGUGGUUCUCUACCUGAUUAUUAUAUUUAAAAUUGAGAAAAAAAGUUCUGCAUUAAUUUGACUUGGUAUUGUCAUGUAAACAUUUCCCUUUGGGUAAUAUAUAUUUAUGAAACUGCUUUUUAGUGUUUUUAUUA